UUUUAGAAACAAAAGUUUCUACAAUUAAUAAGAACUCGUUUUUUCUAUUAAUUUGUGGGAAAGGUGCUACAACAUAACGAAACAGAGAUGAUGCCAAAUCUAAUCUAUGUUUCAAGAGAGAAGAGUAAAGUUUCACCACAUCAUUUCAAAGCCGGUGCUCUUAAUACUUUGUUACGAGUAUCUGCCGUGAUGACAAACUCACCAAUCAUUCUAACACUAGAUUGUGACAUGUACUCAAACAAUCCUACAACACCACUUCAUGCUCUAUGCUAUUUGUCAGACCCUAAAAUCAAUUUUGUCGACGGGCAUUUUAUGGACCUCCGAUCGAGUAGUUUGAUUUUGCCUGAGAUAGAAAAACUUGGGCCAAAUCGGAUUGCCAGUAAGUCCAUUAAAGCUCAAGAUAUUUUGGCCUUGGCACACGAGGUAGCAGGAUGUAACUACGAGCGCAACACCAAUUGGGGAUCCAAGAUAGGGUUCAGAUACGGCUCAUUAGUAGAAGACUACUACACAGGAUUUAUGCUCCAUUGUGAAGGAUGGAGAUCAGUAUUUUGCAGCCCUAAAAAAGCUGCAUUUUAUGGAGAUUCCCCAAAACGCCUAACUGAUAUAAUAGGCCAACAAAUCCGAUGGUCCGUUGGACUUCUUGAAGUAACUUUUUCAAGGUACAACCCAAUUACCUAUGGAUUGAAGUCACUGAGCCUACUAAUGAGCUUAGGCUAUUGCCACUAUGCAUUUUGGCCGUUUUGGUCAACUCCUCUCGUCGUCUAUGGACUUUUACCCCAACUUGCCCUCAUACAUGGAGUUAGCGUCUUCCCCAAGGCAUCGGAUCCGUGGUUUUGGCUUUACAUUAUCUUGUUUCUCGGUGGGUAUGCGCAAGAUCUAUCAGACUUUUUAUUAGAAGGAGGAACUUAUCGGAAAUGGUGGAACGAUCAAAGGAUGUGGAUGGUAAGAGGACUCUCUUCUUUCUUCUUUGGUUUUACAGAGUUCACUCUCAAAACCCUAAACCUUUCGACUCAAGGAUUCAACGUCACCAGUAAAGCCAACGACGAUAAUGAACAAAUGAAGCGGUACGAGCAAGAGAUCUUUGAUUUCGGGCCCUCUUCGUCCAUGUUCUUGUUCUUGCCCAUGACUACCGUCGCCAUCGUGAAUCUACUUGCUUUUGUAUGGGGAAUUUAUGUUAUUUUCACUUGGGGAGAAGGGCCCGUCCUUGAACUGAUGCUAGCGAGUUUCGCAGUGGUGAAUUGCUUACCGAUCUAUGAAGCCAUGGUGUUGAGGAUCGAUGACGGAAAAUUACCAACAAGGAUUUGUUUCUUAGCUGGGCUCCUCACUUUUGUUCUUACAGGGUCAGGCUACUUCUUCCUCAAAGAGCACUCGGUCGUCGGCGCAAUCCUCCACACGUGUCAUCCCUGCCGGCGCACCAUUCCAUACAGAAUCUACGCCGUAAUCCACACGUGUGGCAUCAUAGCUCUCAUGUAUCACCAUGUACACUCACUUCUCACAUCAAACAACACUCUAAUAACAUGUCUUCUUCUCCUCUCCGAUAUGGUUCUCACCUUCAUGUGGGUAACCACAACUUCCCUCCGGUUAAACCCGGUUCAUCGGACCGAGUACCCUGAGAAAUAUGCAGCUAAACCAGAGGACUUUCCGAAGCUGGACGUGUUUAUAUGCACGGCUGAUCCAUACAAGGAGCCUCCGAUGAUGGUGGUCAACACCGCCUUAUCAGUCAUGGCUUACGAGUAUCCGUCCGAUAAGAUCUCAGUCUAUGUAUCGGACGAUGGAGGAUCGUCGUUGACUUUGUUUGCUCUUAUGGAGGCUGCUACGUUCUCUAAGCAUUGGUUGCCCUUCUGCAAGAAGAACAAUGUUCAAGAUCGGUCUCCUGAAGUUUAUUUCUCUUCAAAGUCACAUUCUCGGAGUGGUGAAGCUGAAAAUCUUAAGUGUGAGGUGGAACAGAUGAUGUAUGAAGACAUGAAGAGUAGAGUAGAACAUGUGGUGGAGAGUGGAAAAGUUGAGACUGCAUUUAUCACAUGCGAUCAAUUUCGUGGGGUAUUCGAUUUGUGGACCGACAAAUUCACUCGUCAUGACCAUCCCACAAUUAUUCAGGUGUUGCAAAAUAGUGAGACAGAUAUGGACAAUACCAAAAAGUAUAUAAUGCCAAACCUAAUCUAUGUUUCAAGAGAGAAGAGUAAAGUUUCACCACAUCAUUUCAAGGCUGGUGCUCUUAAUACUUUGCUACGAGUAUCAGGGGUGAUGACAAAUUCACCGAUCAUUCUAACACUAGACUGUGAUAUGUAUUCGAACGACCCUACAACACCGGUUCGUGCUUUAUGCUAUUUAACAGAUCCUGAAAUCAAAUCCGGUUUAGGAUAUGUGCAGUUUCCUCAGAAAUUUAUAGGAUUGAUUUUACCGGAGAUUGAUGAAUUGAGGCCAUAUCGGAUUGCGGAUAAGUCUAUCAAAGCCCAAGAUGUUUUGGCACUAACACACAAUGUAGCAGGAUGUAUCUAUGAGUACAAUACCAAUUGGGGAUCCAAGAUUGGAUUCAGAUAUGGGUCAUUAGUAGAAGACUACUACACAGGGUUUAUGUUCCAUUGUGAAGGAUGGAGAUCAAUAUUUUGCAACCCUAAGAAAGCUGCUUUUUAUGGAGAUUCCCCAAAGUGCUUAGUUGAUGUAGUGGGUCAACAAAUCCGAUGGGCCGUUGGGCUUCUUGAAAUAUUGUUUUCAAAGAAAAGCCCAAUUGUCUAUGGAUUCAAGUCAUUAGGGCUGUUGAUGGGCUUAUGCUAUUGCAACUCUCCGUUUCGGCCAUUUUGGUCAAUUCCGGUUACAGUCUAUGGACUUUUACCUCAGCUUGCACUCAUCUAUGGAGUUAGUGUCUUCCCCAAGGCAUCUGAUCCGUGGUUUUGGCUUUACAUCUUUUUAUUCUUCGGUGCGUAUGGGCAAGAUCUAUCGGAUUUUUUAUUGGAAGGAGGAACUUAUCGGAAAUGGUGGAACGAUCAAAGAAUGGUGAUGAUAAAAGCACUCACUUCAUUCUUCUUUGGUUUUAUAGAGUUCACUCUCAAAACCCUAAACCUCUCCACACCUAAGUUCAACGUCACCAGUAAAGUCAAUGACGAUGAAAAACAAAGGAAGCGGUACGAGCAAGACAUCUUUGAUUUCGGAACCUCUUCGUCCAUGUUCUUGCCCUUGACUACGGUUGCCAUCGUGAAUCUGCUUGCGUUUGUCUGUGGGCUUUAUGGUAAUCUCUUCUGCGGAGGAGAACUCGUCCUUGAGCUGAUGCUGGUGAGCUUCGCGGUGGUGAAUUGCUUGCCAAUCUACGAGGCUAUGGUGUUGAGGAAAGAUGAUGGAAAAUUACCAAAAAGAAUUUGUUUCUUAGCUGGGAACCUCACGUUUGUUCUUAUUGUGUCCAGUUACUUCGUCCUCAAGUAACUUCACCCCUUAGGGUUAAUUUACAACAAUAAUACAUCUGGCUGAUUCAGUUCAAGCGGAAGAAACAAUGUGAAUGAAUCUUUGUAACCAAUAUUUAUAAUGUGAUGGAUUACAUUUUGAUAUCUUGAAUCAGCAAAAUUAAGAUUUACAUUGUGU